AUGGCGGGGUUCGAGAUGUUCGACCUCAAAGGAAGGAAACACAAAGAAUCUUCUUCGGUAAUUUUCAUUUCUUGCCGGGAAGUUUUAAUCAUUUUGUUUAAAUAACACUAUUGAAAUCUUUUCUUUAGUCUAGAGUGCUUUUGACAGUCAUAAGUACAUUAUUAAGUAGGUAAGUGAUCGAGUACAUUUCGUUAAUUUGCACGCCCUUCAUGAAACCAGCUGAUUUUCCUCUCGAUUUAAACCUUACUUUUGUUUGGGUUGUGCCCGGUACACCAGCACACAAUUACAAAGAUUAAAGACAAAACGAAAGAUUAUACAGAUUCGAUAAUUUAAAUACAAAAAAUCUACAGUGGAUUCAACUCUCUCGUGUGACAGUACACCAGGGUAAUUAACUUUUAAAGGUAGGGGGAAGUAUAUGAAAGGGGUAGGGAAAUCUACCCAAAAGGGCUACCAGAUGCAUUUUAUGGCUGGGAAAAAGUCAAGAAAACGUUCUGGUUUUGUGAUUUAUUCAUUAUUGAAAGACAGUGCCUUUGCAGCAGUUGAAAGGGGUGCAAACUUUUUAACUAGGUAUGUGAAAGGGGUACCAUUUGUCAGUAGAAGGUACACAAUACAAAAGUGUUACCUUUACUGUCAAAAAUGGUAUAUAAAUGGGUAAGGGAUUGGUCCUUGGGGCAGAGCUUCCCCAUUUCAAACUUUUUGGAGUACCCAACCUGUGACAAGCACAAGGCCCUAAUUAAGGCUUAAAACUGCUAAAUAGAAGGUUCAAGGACUCCUAGGGAUGUAGCAUACUGCUUUAACUCCUUGAGUCCUAGUAACACGCAGUCACCUGAUAAUUAGUUUAGAAUAUUGUUAAUUUUUUUUCAGUGACAAUGUGGAAAGAAGAGAAAUUGAGAAAGAAAGGUUACAACAUGAACUUAGAGAAAGUGAUGACAAACUUAACAGACAAGUGGAAGGUAAUAAAUUCAAAACACUACGAUUUUGUGGCUGAAGAUUGUUUAGUGAUUAAAGAAAUUUAAAGUCAACAGAACAUAAUGUCCUACAACAUUUCUGGUUCAACUAAAUAAAUCAGUAACCUAGUCAGACAUAUGUUUUUUGUUAAAAGAAAAAUUAUUUGCAGACAUGUCCAUUCAAAAUACUUUUCAAAUUAAGUGAAGAUACACUGUAUACGGUUUACGAAAAGUGUAAAAAUGUGUGACCGCAUCUUGUAGCCUGCUGUUAAAACAUAAUCAAAAUGCAAAUGUCAAGCUGAAAUUCUCCAAAACAAAAAUUGGAGUAUUUUGCCAAGUUUUGAAAAACUGAAAACAGCUGUUUUGUGUUCUUACCAGGAUUUUCCACCCUGAGGUCCACAGGACCCAUAGGGAAGGUAAAAGGGAGUUGUGAGGGAAAAAGUGGGUCACAAUUUUUAGAUACAGUUAACAGAAAAAAGAUGGAAAAUGUGGGAAAAGGAUCUGGGUUAAAAGAGACAUGGACAUGGACAGAAAAAAUGGGCACCUGGACUGUUAAUGAGGAAAAAGAUUGGAAUGACGGCAAAUGGAUGGAAGCUGUGAAGAACAAAUGGGGAAUGGUAGCAGGGACGAAGGAUUGAUAGGAACUGCUGAAAAGUUCAUCAGUUUGAAGCUAAAAGAAAGGCUAAUUUCAAACAAACAGGUUGCAGUCAAGGAAAAGUGAUAUUUGUCUGAUAAUUUUCUGAGCAAAAAAACCUGAAAGAGGAGGGAUGGGGAGAGUGCAGUCUUGUACAUUGUCCGGUAAUGCAAUUUGUCAGUUUUGCAAUAAUAGAAUGACUUUAAUAAUAUUUUUCAGCUCAUCAAGAUAACUUGAAGUCAAGCAUUCAAACAUUUACUGGAAUCUCUACGAGAAUUGCAGGUUUUGUUUUAUUUAUUUUCAAGAAGUAUUGUUUAAAAUGAAUGCAGUCAGCAUGUUUUCUGUAUCAGCAAUAGUGGAAUCCAUGAAAUUGUUGGUACACUGACCAACAUUUUUUUCUUCUAGCAAAGUCUAUACAUCAUCAAGAGAAAAGAUUAUAAGAAUGAAUUAAAUGACCAUCAGAGGGAAAAUGCUUUAAUCUUUAUAAAAUCGUCUUAUAGGGCGGACACUCAAACCAGGACACUUGGAAGAAGAUUGUCCAUUCACAGCGUUUUCUGGAAACAAUAGAUUCUUCUUCUUUUUUUUUUAAAUGGACCAAUAACAUUCUUCAAAUUGAGGGCUAUUUCGUGAGAGAUCAGGAAAGUUCAAACAGUUUUAAAGUUUUCAACAAUUGCAUAGUUGAAUCUUGAAUUUUAUUGGUCCGUUUGCAAAAUGACUUGAGUAUCUUUUGUUUUCAGAAAACAUUUUGAUUGGACAAUCUUCUUCCCAUUGUCCCGGUUGGAGUAUCCGCACUGUAAUUGACUUUUAAACAAAAAGUAUGGUUACUGGUGUGGAGAAUUUGUAUGUGGAUAUUUGGGCUUAAAUUAGAUAAGGAUAUACAAUAAAAACAUACUGUAAUGUGUAGACUUUUGUUACUGACUUUUCAAAAACACGCAAAUUCUUAAGUUCAAAAGCCAACUGACAUUUGUGUUUUUUGCUCCCAUAAAUCAUCUAAGCAGACCUCUUAGGAAACAAAAGUUUACUUCAGCGGGUUCAAAAGGUCAUGGAUUGUGAUUUGCGAUUGGUGGAUUUCAAUCUGUUUUGUAUGUUUCUGUGUUUCAAGUGAGGUUUGUUCCUUGUGAUUGAAAUUAAUUAUGAUUGACAACAGGGAAAAACACAUUUGUGAAGGCAGCUUUUGAGCUUAAGAGUUUGCAUGUUUUUGAAAAGCGCAGUAAUAAUAUUGUUGUUGUUGUCGAUAGCAUCUCUUGACAAAGGGAAAAACUUAAGAGAACAUCUUCAAGCAUGCAAAUCCUUACUACACUGCAAGAGAGAAGAACUGAAGAAAUACUGGAUGGAUGGACUAGAGUAUAAUGAAGUGCUUAAUCUCCUGGAUAGAAUGUAAGGAAUAUUCCAGUAUGGUUCAUGGUAUCAUGUGCAGCUUCAUCAGGCUACAUGAAAAAGUUAACAGCAUUUGACAGCAGCAUCUAGGUUAUGACUUUCAGGAAGGGAAAUGGGAAAAUAUAAUAUUAGGGGUGCUUACCACGAUUUACACAGGCCACCCAACUGGAAAUCUUGUUCAUAACUCCAAUAGAACUACAAAAUUCGAGCUUGGUGGGAGAACAACCUGCUAUAAAGUCUAUCCAAACCAGCCGAACAGACUAAAGAGAGUAGAAAAAUGGCACCACCUCAAAUUACAGCCCAUAUUUUCAGAAGUUUCCCUAAUGAAAUGGCACAAACCAUUUGAUUUUCCUUCCAGAAUUUCUGGUUUUAACAUGUAAAUGGUAGAAAGUAACCAAGGUUAAUGUAGCUGGGAAUUUGACAUUUCAUCGUGUCAAUAAAUUACAUGUUUCUAUGUACUGAAGUAGCGGGUCGGGGAAUUCAUAUUUCUUAUAACCAGGCAAAAUCCCUAGCCUUUAAGAUCCAGUCAGUUAAAUGAGUUCAAACUUCCAUCUCCACUCUGAGGUAAUUUUGAGAUUCAGAGGCUGGAGCUGUAAUUUUUCUGUCAAGCUUGUUGUAGUUCUACUGGUUCAUUCAUGUUGUAGAAACCGCCCUUUAAUAUGUGCACGAACAUUGAAAUUUCUGAACUAUUUACUAUCAAUUUUGACUUUUGCUUACUUUUUAUAUGUUCUUAGAGACCAGGUGAAGAAUGUCCCAGAACAAAUUGAGAAAUACAAGAAAAAGAAAUAUUACCUCCAUGCUACAGAGCUUCUUGUCUCCACAGGUGAACAAUGAUGCAAGGCUAGCAAUUAGAUCUUGGUUAUUAAAUUUCAAAUGAAAUUAAGAUUUGUUUAAUAAUUUGAUUUAGAAAUGUAAUGAAACUGUAUAAUUAAUUAGUAUUUUGUUAUUUCAUUAAGUGCACAGUAACUGUAAUAUUACUGUUUGUGAAUUUUCUUUACAAGAAGCAAUUUUUAAAUUUGUUCCUCUUCCCAGAGAGUGACAUUGAUUGAUAAAAAAAUUAAUCAACAAAUCAAUUACUUAUAUAGCCUUUAAAAUAAUUAUGAUCACUUUGAGAUUUUAAAGUAAUUUGAUGUGAGCCCACAUUAAAUACCAAAUAAUGAUAAUUAUUAUUUUAAAUACAUGAUCAAAUAAAACAAUAACUAUAUUGUGAUAUAUUACAUCUACUUGUUAUAAUUAAAAGUGUGAGCUUUAUUUUCUUGCAGUGUCACUACUUGAAGGUAGCUUAUCUGGAGUUGAAGCUUUACGGCAUCUGAGACUUGAUUUGCAGGCAAGAAAGAAGGUAAUAUGUCUUAUCAUUUUAAAUUUUUUUUUAGCUUUGCCUGUUACUGAACAAUGAAUAGUAAAAAAAUGCUUAAAGGCAGGGGUACCAUUGCAACAGCGGUGAGCCAAUUAUAAUGGUCUCAGAGCUUAAAAGAUAUGUAAGAAACAGUAAAACUUCAUGUGACAAUUAAAAACAACAAUGGAGAUGGACAGAGGCAUCACAUGAAACGUUACAGUCAUGAUGGACAGAUGGUUUUCCAGGAUCGUGGGUUCAUCAGUUUGGUUCUAAACUAAUGGUAGUUUGUGGCUUAAAGGGACUAAUGUCAUGAUAGAUAUCGCUGUUUUGGGUCAAUUUUGUGCUUAAGUCAUUAGUACUUGGUGCCUAAAACUGUACAAAAACAUGAUGCUCCCUUAGGAAUAUGAAGAUAAGAUAUCUAGCAAAUUUCAUCAUGGAGCACUAAUCAUAAUUGUUUUUGCUGGUUGUUGUAUGCAUAGCAUUGAAGUCAACUUUUUCAAGUUUCAAUCCAUUUUCAUCCUUAGCUUGCCAUCUGUUGCAACAGACAACAGGAAUUUACUUAGAAUUGCAAUGCCUAAAAGUAGUCUUAAAUAACAAACUGAACUCUAAAUUUUUGGAAUUCAAUUGAUGAGAAGACUAGAUUUAGCUUUUUUACAAAGAUAGCAAAUACCAUGACAUAGCCAGCCGUUUAAGCCACUUUCAGCCA